UCGCACAAGAUGAGGAUGCAUUUCGAAGGCAAAUUCAUCGAAGAACCGUGAGCGCAUACGUCUCCUCCCACCGAUUUCACCCGGUCGUUCAAACGGGAAAAUAUUGCGAGAAUCCGAGCAGUCCUCCUGAAACUUCAGCGAGGCGAGCUUCGAGACCUCGUCGGAGAAGACGCGCGCACAUGGUAGGCGAGCACGAGCGUUCGUCAGCGUGACAGAUCCGACAAGACCGAGUGUGAACAGUGCGAAGUCCCGUGCCAGAAGGGCUCUUGGUGAACAAUAUGUGGGUGCAGGGUGAGAUGAGCAGGGGUACGUCCGCCACCGACCAGCCGGUCAGCCUGAAGGAUUCCCCGCUGUUGGCUAGGGUGCGGAGGGCCAUGAUAAGGCAGGAGGAGGAAACGCUGAGACCUCCUAGGUCUCUCUUGGGACAGAGCCUUCUAGCGCCCAUGUUCGACAAGGAGACGGUGCACGCCAUCAAAAAAGGUCUGCUUUGGCACCAAAGAGACCGGCUUUUCAGCAGAUGGAAAGAGCGCUAUUUCAUCCUGACGAGAGACUACCUCCACUGCUUCAGGAGAGCGUCGGGGUCCGAACGCAUAUCAGAGAUGGGACAAUUCUUGUUGAAAAUAAAAUUAGUGGAUGUCGAAAAGGUAGAAUGGGAGAAUAAAAAGACUUACAGCGCUGUCGUCCUCAAUUUCGGCAGAGACGGCAAAAUAUUUCUGAGGGCGACUGAGGGACUCGAAGAAUGGUUCGAAUAUUUGGAGGAAUGCACGUUGACGAGCAAGGAGAGGAGGAGAGCCUUGAGGCAUUCGCAUGACGGCCGACCUAGGGACAAUAAUAAUAUUACGCCUUCCUUGGAUGAUUGGUUAACGAAUAGGCAGAAAAUUCCAACCGCUCGGGUAUCCACAGACACUGUCAGCACAAGGAACCAAGAAGACUAUAGCAGCUUUUUGCGGAAAAGAGAUUGGACUCCGAGGGAGGCUGAGUGGGACCAUCCCUCACUGGAUAACAGGCUAUCACUGCUCACUGAUAUUGACAUCAAUACCUACGAUGACAGUACUCUAGAAGCGCCGUCUGUUACAUCCUAUAGACUUAGCAAAGACGUUCUGUGCAUUCAACCACCCUCGUUGCGACCAUCAGGAUCCUUCAGAUCAACGCGAGACAGCACACCAGUCAACUCUACCAAGAGAUGUCAGCCGAAAAUGGAAGAGAGACCAUGUCAUUUCAUCAAAUACAGAGAACGAUCUUAUAGCGACAUCCAGAGAGUGGACAAACGAUCGCUGCGCACCCUAGGAAUGAACCAUCCUGAGAUGAGAUUGAAGUAAUCAUCCCGCAAGAUGUCGCACCUAGUCAUAAUCCAAAGCCAUCUGAAACAUAUUAUUCGAACGCAGUAUCCCCCGAAACAUUUGAUAUACGUAUUCCCCAUGUACUCGGAUGUUUAUCGAUUAGAUAUUGUUAUUCAAUACUACCUUUUAAUACUUUUUGUAACUUUGUGGUACCCUGUCACGCCAUAGCAAGUUUUCAUGACAUUUUGUAGUGUUCAGAUCGAGAUUGAAAACAUUUAUGGUAUUUUUUUCGUCAAAGAUACCUUUAAAUUUCCGUUUUUCAUAUUUCACGAUUUCUAUUUUUUUCUUCAGAAUAUCCCUUAAGUAGAAAAUAUUCGAAUAUGUUACUCAUUAUUGUCAAUCAAUGUUUGUGAUAUUAAUGAUAGUUGUAGUUGAUACGUUUGAAAGACUCCAUCGUUUCUUCUGCUUGUGUUGGUAUGGAUUUCUUCCAUCGAACGUCAUUGGCAGAAAGAAUGGAAGUGAUAAGAAAUUAUAUAGAAGCAUAUUGUUUAAUUUAUAUAGGAAUUUACUCAUGUUAAUUAGGACGACCUGAAACGAAAUGUUCUGAUUUCGAAUAAAGAUAAAUAUGCUGA